UGUGUACGCUGAGGAACUUGAAGCUUUCCACUUCUCCACUGUGGUCCUGUCGAUAUGGAUAGGGGGGUGCUCCCUCUGCUGUUUUCUGAAGUCCACAAUCAGCUCCUUUGUUUUGUUGACAUUGGGUGAGAGGUUAUUUUCCUGGCACCACACUCACAGGGCCCUCACCUCCUCCCUGUAGGCUGCCUCGUCAUUGUUGGUAAUCAGACCCGUUGUGUUGUCUGCAAACUUGAUGAUUGAGUUGGAGGCGUGCAUGGCCACGCAGUCAUGGGUGAACAGGGAGUACAGGAGUGGGCUGAGCACACACCCUUGUGUGGUCCCAGUGUUGAGGAUCAGUGAAGUGGAUGUGUUGUUUCCUACCUUCACCACCUGGGGGCGGCCUGUCAGGAAGUCCAGGACCCAGUUGCACAGGGCGGAGUUCAGACUCAGGGCUUCUAUGUUUCUUCCUAGGUUCAUGCCUUUCAAGGGAGUUUUUUCAAGCCACCGUGCUCCUACAUCUGCAUUGCUUGCUGAUUGGGGUUUUAGGCUGGGUUUCUGUAUAGCACUUUGUUGAUGUAAAAAAAGGGCUUUAUACAUACAUUUGAUUUGAUUGAUGGUUUCCACUAUUUACCACAGCCACAAAGUCAAAAUUGUCUAUAUUGUUUAAAAAAACAUAAAUAUGUUUUUUGGUAUUUAUUUAAUGUCAGGAUUAGGCACACGGUUAUCUGUGUGGUUAAGGUUAGGUUUAAAAUCACAUUUUAAGAAAAUCAAUUGUAGAAAUCGGCGGGGUUUAUGACUGUGUCUGUGGCAACUAGGGACGGCUCAAAUUGAUCGAAUCCCCUCGUUUGAGGAAUAAUCGAGGGGAAUAGGCGAAGCGACAGGUAUAGUGGGCGCAAAAUCUGUCUUCUCCAGCAGGUUUUUUUUCUUCGCUCAUCAAGUGAGGAGUUUUUUGUAUGUAGGUCAAUGAGUGUCGAAGUUGGUCAAUAAAAAAAAUGAAUGGCUUAUUUGCUACGUGCGGCUUAUUUGAUCGAAUAGAAGUUUCGAAGAAAAGGUUGUUACAAGUGUAUAUCCCGGCAACUGAGAAAAAACACUUUAUAUUGGAUUGUGCCUGUUGUUCACGCACGUAUCUGCCCUCUCAUUGGCUAGAAUGGUCCACUUGAAUUUGCACCUUCCCACUGCCUUCCAUUUUUUAAGAAACGUAUUUUCAUAGUUAGAGCGACCACCUCAGUAUCUGGUCAAUAUAAUGGCUAAUCUGUGGAUAUUUAUGAAAAGCAGCGAGAGGUCAUCGUCACUUCCUCCUCAAAGCCUUGCUUCCCUGUGCAACCACCCCCUUGAGCGAGUGUACUGUCAGGAACCGAGGAACGAAGCCGACUGCAUCGCCAAUAUCAAGGAGUUUUUGAGAGGAUGCACAUCCUUGACAGUAGAGGGAUUUGAACCAGAGUGCCUGUACUCUGGCGAGAACUUUAACAAAGUGCUGACCACUCUGCUGGGAGUCAACUUCGCCACCCAAGACUGUGGCACUGAAAGGUCAUGUCCCCAGUCCGGCACACCUGCUCCUAGCCAGUCAACCACCUCACACACCUCUUCCAGGUCCAAGUCCCUGCGCAGACAAUCCAAACCAGCGGAGAUGUCGGAGAACGGCGGAGGCGGGCUGGUGCUGGUGAAGGCGCGCUUCCAGUUCAAGCAGAACAACGAAGAUGAGCUGUCUUUUAACAAGGGAGACCUGAUCAGUGUGUCGCGCCAGGAGGAGGGCGGCUGGUGGGAGGGCUCGCUCAAUGGCAAGACGGGCUGGUUCCCCAGCAACUAUGUCCGUGAGGUCAAGUCCUGUGAUAAACCUGUGUCUCCUAAAGCAUCUCAACUGACCAAGAACUACUACAGUGUGGUGGUGCAGGACAUCCUGGAGCAUGAGAGGGAGUUUGUCAAGGAGCUGCAGACAAUGUUGAGCUGUUACCUACGACCUCUAAAGGCCAGCGACAAGCUGAGCAUUACAGACAGUGGCAGUCUGAGCGGUAACCUGGAGGAGAUCCUCACCUUCCAGCAGGGUCUGGUUCUUGCUCUGGACGAGUGCACCAAGGUUCCAGAGAGCCAGCAGCGAUUGGCUGCCUGCUACCUCAACCUGAUUAGUCAGAUCAGGAGGCUGUACCGGUCAUACUGCUCCAGUCACCCUUCGGCUGUCUGCGUACUCACUGACCACAGUGAGGAGCUGGGUACGUUCAUGGAGAGCCAGGGGGCUAGUACGCCAGGCAUCCUGACCCUGACCACCAGCCUGAGUAAACCCUUCAUGAGGCUGGACAAGUAUCCCACCCUGCUGCAGGAGCUGGAGAGACAUAUGGAGGAGGCCCACCCGGACUACAGUGACAUCUUGAAGGUUACGGUGGCUUUUAAAAGCUUGGUGACCCAGUGUCAGGACCUGCGGAAGCGUAAGAACCUGGAACUACAGAUCCUGUCAGAGCCAGUGAGAGGCUGGGAGGGAGACGGCAUGAAGUCUCUGGGUCACGUGGCCUACAUGUCCCUGGUCCACAUGCAGAACGGGACCAAUGAGGAGAAGGAGGAGCGCUACCUCAUGCUGUUUCCCGGUGUGCUGGUCCUGCUGUCUGCUAGUCCGCGCAUGAGCGGCUUCAUAUACCAGGGAAGGCUGCCGCUGACAGGCUCCACAGUCUCCAGGCAGACGGAGGACACGGAGAACGGCCACUACACCUUUGAGAUCACAGGAAGCACGAUGGAUCGCGUCACAGUGUUCUGCAGUAACCCCCAGGAGCUGCAGGAGUGGCUGGACCAUCUCCAUGCCUACAGCGAAGGAGCCAGCCCCGUGGGCACCGUUAUCAAGCCGGUCAGUAUGCUGGGCACCCCCACUCACCUGCCCAGCUUCAGCACCCCCUGCCAGGCCAACCGGGGACCCCUGGAGCCCCCCAAGACCACCAAGCCCUGGUCCCUGAGCUGCCUGCGCCCCGCCCCACCUCUCAAGCCCUCCGCUGCACUGGGCUACAAGGAGAGGAUGUCUUCUAUCUUGAAGGACUCCAGUAAGAGCUCUGGGCCCAUUAAGAAUUUCUUCCCAAAACGCAGAGCAGAAAGAAAACAUUCCGAUGAUGAGUUCCUCUUACGGAAAAGUACAGCUGCUCUGGAGGAGGAUGCCCAGAUUCUGAAGGUGAUCGAGGCCUACUGCACAGGGGCCAGCCAGCAUCAUGCCAGCCAGCAUCAAGCCAGCACAGCGGUGAGGAAAGUGUGUGUCCCUCAGGUCCUGCUGCCAGAGGAAGAGAAGAUCAUGGUGGAGGAGAUGAAGAACAACGGUCAGACAAGCAUAGAGGAAAAGAGUCUGGUUGAUGCAGUAUAUGCUUUAAAGGAUGAGGUCCAUGAAUUAAAGAAGGAGAAUAAGUGGAUGAAGCAUUGUCUGGAGGAGGAGCAGAAGUCUCGUAAGGAGCUGGAGAGAGUGGUCAGGAAGCUGGCCAAGCAGAAGAACGACUGUACCUGGGAGGAUGGAGGGCACUGAACAACUCCCCAUACCUACCCAACUACCUACCUACCUAGCCCGUGUGUGUGUGUGCGACUGUGUGUGACUGCCUUCAAUCCCUACAACACAGAAGGGUUGGAUUCAUGUAUCUGGACAAUGGUUAGAGCAACUCUCUGGUCUGAUGCUUGGAGGGGGGGGAAUAACCAGAAGCGAAAAUUCUGAUUGAUUGCCUCCCGUCUACUGGCACUGGUCAACUCUGAUGGAAGCAUUUUGGACAAAGGAGAAAGAACUACUGCUCUAGUGUCACCAGCUGCAUCGCCACUGUGGACUACUGUGUCUACAUUUUCAAUAGAACAUCUAAUGGGAACGAGAAGCCAUCUUUCAGUUCAAUGGAGUGUUCUCUUGCAUGCACUUGUUUCAGCAGGAGAGCGACUCCCUCAGCCAUAACUAGGGCUCAUCUGUCCCACUCUUCGUCUGUUACAGCACUGUUUCUUUAUUUUGGUGUUGAGGACACCCCCUGCAGCCUUGUUGGGAAAGAGCGAGGCUUGCGUCGAGCUUUAGUGAACAUCAUUGGCAUUUUGAGAAUGCACGUUCAAGACGUGAGACUCUGCGUCUCCAAGCUAUUUCAUAGUCCUCAAAGCUUUAGCUUUUCAUUUCAGAUGGGUGAGACCUAUCCAUGAACUAUCAAACAGUCCUCUAGCUCAUGGUAAGUGGAUUUCAAUACCGCUCAUAUCCACGCUGGUGUUAACUUUAGUGAAUAAUGUCCUUGACUGUGUUUCUUACAAUCUGCAUGGAUGUACAGUAUUUUUAUGAUAUUGUCACACAUUAGAUGUGACGAUCAAUAUAUAGGCCAAAGCUUUCAGGGAUAUAGAUAUAUAACAAAUAGAAUACCCGUAUAUGGUGUAUUGCGUAUAAAAUAGACACAUGUAAAGAUGACAACGGUGUGGCCUAUACUUUCUUACCAAAACGAUAUAACAAUUAAAUACAUGUACUAAUAAUACAUAGCUUUGCUUUAUUCGGGAGUUAAAGAAUUUAUAUUGCUUAUUUAUUUUCCAUGAAAACAUUUCAUUAUGUAGGUAGAGACGUGUGUAUUGUAUGUAGGUUAUAUGGUACUGGGAACCCAAUUGGGGCGGUCUCUGGGUUUCUGCCUUAAACCAACCCGCACCGCAGAAACCACCUCUACAGAAUGAUAACCUAAGGAUUUUUUAAAAAGUGACCUUUAUUUAUUUGGCAUUGUCCAUUGGGGAAGACAAAACACAAGCCAUUUUGAUUUAAAAAAUUUGGUACCACAGGAACAAUGUUAUUUGUACGUCGUAAACUGUGUCCCACAAUGUGAGUUAGGGUUACAUUCCAAGGAAGUCUCAUUGCAUCAGUGUCCUGCGCCCAUUUUCAGAGUGUCUGAGUAGGACUGCUGUUCUAGGAUCAGGACCCUCCUGUCCAUUUUUUUUUAAAUCUUAACUAAUUAUGGUCUAAAAGGGAACAAAGAUGAUCCGUUUCUUGGACGGUUUGUAAAUUUCGUCCCUGGUCUGUCAUUCUUAUGCUUCUUUCUCAUGAGUUAAUGCAGAGGAGAUAUGUCCCCACUUUGAUUGUGUUGAUGGAGAGUGUAAAGUUUGAGUAGUGGGAUCAAGGGCCUCCUGAUCACAGUGGAUUAAGUUAUGAGGUACAGAGGAAGUGGCAGGGAUUUACAUGCACAGGUUUUCUGUCAUGUUUCCCAUUUUCAAUGGGGCUGAUGGCACUGUUUAGACGAUCAUGGGGACAGGCAAGGGUUGUGUAACAAUUCAAUGUGAACCGGGCUUUGAUGCCUUAUGUCAAGGCCUUAGGUGAAAGAUUAUUCAGUUGAAUCACAGCACUUCCUCCCAGGAUGACGUGCAGUGUAUGCACUGUAGGACCUGAUGUCAACCUCAUAGUGCAGAGUGAAGGUAGGAACUUCAAGAAAAUGCAAUGACCACUUCAGUAUGACUGUUUUUACUUUAGUGGCACUCUGAGACAGUCAGUUGGGCAGUAGACCAGAAUGUAUAAAGAAACGUAUCUCUGUUAAUGUACAGUGAUGAUGACUCUUUCACCCCCUUAACCAAAUGGGCCUAUUGCCUUGUCCCUGUUUCCUGGCCACUGUGUUCUCUGUAGUCCUGAUGUAUAGCAGUAUACUGUUACAAGCUGUUGUGUUCAGGUCCCACGGUCUGUCAGGUCAACUCCACAUGUUUUGUCACCUGUACAAAUGUCUUUCAGUAUUGUUUGUUUUAUUGCUGAGAUUAUUUUUACCAUCAAUAUUUUAAUCAAUGCAUUUUGUUUUCUUCAUAAAGUGUCUUAAAGUUUCCAAUGCCUGAUAGCCUAAGCGAGCACUUGGACUGUUCCAUCCUGCUCAUGACGACUUGUCGGCAGACCACUCCAUGUGUAUCAUUUGAAAAAGUUGUUUGACGCAAAUUAUAACUCUGUUGUAAGGCAUUUUCUUCCUUCUAGUGGCGGCAUACUGUCAUGUUUUCAGUAUGGUCAUUCUUUUAAUAAAAAUCAAACUUGA